AUGCCGCACCAAGAGUCCACGGCGUACCCAGUCCGUAAUGGAUGUCAAACCCACCGUGCAUUUAUUGCACUGGGAAGCAAUAUGGGUAACCGGGUCGAGAUGAUUGAAAAGGCAUGUCUUGAACUGGAUGAAGCAAAUAUCAAAGUCUUAAGAACGAGCUCGCUUUUUGAGACGACGCCAAUGUAUGUGCUGGAUCAAGACACGUUCAUCAAUGGAGUCUGCGAGGUCGAGACGCAUCUCUCGCCGAUGGAGCUUCUGGAUGCAGUGCAAUCCAUCGAGAAUGCACUGGGUCGAAAGAAGUUGAUCGACAAGGGCCCACGCUCAAUUGAUCUGGAUCUCUUAUUGUACGACCGGGAAGUGUUCGAGAACGAACGACUGAGUAUUCCACAUAAGCUGAUGCUGGAGAGAGACUUUGUCCUUCGGCCACUCUGCCAAUUGAUCCCACAUGAACGACCACCUCAUUCAAAGUCUCACACGCCGACUUACUUGGAGCAUUUGAAAGCUCUUCCGCCACCAGAGCCCACUCCUCACUCAACCACACCGAUCUCGGCAAGCUUCCCUUCGCUCCAUGCUACCGAUCCCACUCGCAACACGCAUGUGAUGGCCAUUCUCAAUCUGACGCCUGACUCCUUCUCUGACGGAGGCGUCCAUUCCCCAACUGACAUGAGCAAACUGACCGAGACGGUCCGCAAGUUCAUCGCGUCCGGUGCCACCAUCAUCGAUGUCGGAGGCGAGAGCUCUCGCCCCGGUUCCACUCCCGUUGGCGCAGACGAGGAGAUCGCCCGUGUAGUUCCAGUAAUUGCCCACAUCCGCAAAGCUAUUCCAGAAGCUGCGAAGAUUGCCAUCAGCAUAGACACCUACCGCGCGCGCGUAGCCGAGGCAGCCUGUGCCGCCGGCGCCGACAUUAUCAACGACAUCUCCGGCGGCCUGUUAGACCCGGACAUGCUCGCCACGGCUGCUCGUAUCGGGAAAUCCAUCAUUUUGAUGCACAUGCGCGGAACACCACAAACAAUGACAGGCCUCGCAUCAUACCCUAACGGCGUGAUCCCCGAAGUUACCGCCGAAUUGCGAGAGCGUAUCGCCGCUGCCGAAGCCGCCGGUAUUCGGCGAUGGAGAAUCAUCCUCGACCCGGGCCUGGGCUUUGCAAAGAACCAACCACAUGAUCUGGAGAUUCUCCGCAAACUUGAUCGACUGAAGACGGCAGAAGGUCUGGAAUGCUUCCCGUGGCUGAUGGGCCCCAGUCGGAAAAGAUUCAUCGGUCACAUCACUGGAGUGAAGACGCCGAGGGAGCGCGUCUGGGGCACCGCUUCAACAGUCACGGCAAGUGUCGCUGGCGGUGCUGAUAUUGUGCGAGUUCACGAUGUGCAUGAGAUGUGGCAGGUGACAAAGGUUGCUGAUGCGAUUUAUCGAGCUUGA